AAUAUUUAGCUUAAAUUUUGUAGAACAUCAAAUUGAUGUUUCUCUAUUUUUCAAGGACAAUUUUCAAAAUAAUAGAAAAGAAAAUAUUUAUACAUUAUAAAAAAAAAAUAUUUCAUAAAAGAUAAAAUCAUGUAUGUCACCAUCACUGUAGCCACCACGACCACAACAUUGUAUACCGUCUCACCAUGAUCACCACCACCACCACCAUCUUUGUCAUUACCACCUCCCACCACCAUCGCAGCCACCACCAUAUCCUACACCGCCAUCACCCUUGCCACCAUGGGCACCACCACCUUCACUGUCACACUAAUUCCACAACCAACACUACCGCCGCUGUCUCACCAUGGCCACCACCACAUGCACCUCUGCUGCCACCACCACCACCACCAGAUGAUCCACCGCCAUCAUUCUCGCCAUCAUGGCCAUGACCACCUCCAUCAUCUUAUCGUUGCGGCCACCAGCACCACAUCUUCACCUCAUUACCCUUACCAUGGCCAUCACCACCUCCGCCAUCUCCACCUUAUUGCCCUCACUACUACCGUCACUCCAACCAUCAUUGCUGCCACCACCGCACCACUGCUACCAUACACGAAUUUAUAUUUAUUUUGACAUUUUAGAUAUUAGUGCCAUACGCAUUUUCUAUGUUUUUUUUUUCAGCAAUCAUUCUCGAAUUAAACUAUGUGUAUUCUCAAAUCAUAGAAAGAAAGAAAAAAAUUGUCGUUUUCGUUUUUAUAAAACAGUUCUUCAAAAAUUGUUUUGCAAGACGUUACCGGGCCGUUAUUUGCUCCAAUGCAAUCUCAUUUUAGGCAUAAAAAGUUGCAUGGUUUUUCCCGAUAUUAUUGUCCCUAGGCAUGUGGUUUUUACCUUAAUUAUAUGCUUAUUUGGUCCAACUUAUAAUACAUAUGCUGCGUUCGAUGUUUACAAUAACAUCAUACUUAAAAUGCUAAACAUAUACAAUUUAUGGAUUUAUUAUGUUCCUCGAAUUUCACUGUAUUUUUUAUCAAGAUUAAAGCUACAUUUUGUCUAAGUAGCAAGUCAAAUGACUUCAAAACCCUUACCAUAAAAUGCAUUAUUCGAAGACUGGGAAUUAUCCUUGUGCACAAAAACGUAAUUCCGCAGUGUAUCCGUUGUUAACGAGGAGUUGGAGCUGAUUAGUGUGUGAUUAUAAAAGUCCAUUACCAUAAGCAGAUUUGCUUUCAAGAACUCAGCCAAAAAAUAAAAAAUAAAUUCUGAGUUCUGAACCCUCAAAGCUUCUUAUGCGAUAGAGUUGCACAUUGUUGGUUAACAGGAAGUUUGAAUAUUUUUCAGGAAAAUUCUUCAUUACUUGCGUUUUUGGUGCAAUCAUGCCAUGCAGUUCACUAGCUAUUCCUACCUCUCCGGCUUCCGCCACGACGGUAGACGUUUUCCAAGAGCACAACGGUCUCCGCCGGUCUAACUCCAACCAAGACCUUCACCGUCGUGCUACUAUGCGGAGGUCUUAUUCCGACAACCAUCUUUGUUACCGCAUCAGUCGUAUCCACGCAGCAGCAACAGAACCAAAACUAAAGAACAGCCGUUCGGGGAUUUUCUCGUUUCAGUUUUCGAGUUCCAUUCUCCCAAACUUGGUGAGAUCAUUCUCGUUUGAUCCAGACACGAGUAAUCAUACAAGCAUAAAGGCGAAGGACAUGAGUAAGGAGACCUCUGGGGAGAGCGCCAGUGAGGAGGAGAGCAAAAGAGCAAAUUGGGUGGAGCGACUUGUGGAAAUCAGAAGUAAAUGGAGGGAUAGGCAGAAAAAGGACGAUGCGGAUGAAGACAGCGUCUGUGAAGCGGGUGAAAAUGGUGAUUGUGAAUGUGGCAGAGAUGAGGGUGGUUGUGCGGUGGAUUAUACUGCAGAAGACGAUGGGGGAGAAACCAGUCCUGAAUUUUUCCGGAGGUUUUUGGUUCGAGUUCCAUGGUCUGAUACCAAGCUGUUUUCGAAGCUAUCCUUCUUGUGCAACUUGGCCUAUGCGAUGCCACAAAUCAAGGAAAAUUAUAUAAAGAGAUAUUAUGGCCUACGAUUAGUAACAACUUCACUAAAGAAGAAGGCCGAAGAUGAAAUCAAAGCAAAACUAGAUAACAACUCGAAUCGUGUACCUGAAGCUGCCGAAGUAGCUAGUGAAUCCAGUUCGGAGAAAGCUGUAGAAGCUGGGCAGAAGCGUCCAUGCCGUCCUGCUGUUGCUUACAAUAUUGCUGCCUCAGCUGCAUCUUAUGUGCGGUCACGCAAUCAGGACAGCUUCUCACUCGGGCCCAAAUCGCAGCAGGAGGGUGAUGGCGAAAAUUCACGAGAGGAAGGAGGGUACUCACCUCGAAGCUAUAAGCCAGAGGUGGCAGUUUCCAUGGCAGCGUCAACAAUGACAGCAGUGGUUGCAGCAGGGGAAAAGGAGAAACAAGAAACAGCAAAGGACCUUCGGUCACUCCAGUCCUCACCUUGUGAAUGGUUUGUCUGUGAUGAUUCCAGCACAUAUACUCGUUGUUUCGUGAUUCAGGGUUCCGACUCCCUCGCAUCCUGGCAGGCAAACCUGUUCUUCGAACCUACCAAAUUCGAGGGGACAGAUGUGCUUGUUCACAGAGGAAUCUACGAAGCAGCGAAGGGAAUGUACGAGCGAUUUAUUCCAGAAAUAACUGAACACUUGAAUAGACAUGGUGAGCGAGCGAAGCUUCAGUUUACAGGCCACUCUCUUGGAGGAAGCCUCUCUCUCUUAGUCCACUUGAUGCUGCUGAGUAGGAAGUGUGUAAAACCCUCUACUCUUCGGCCAGUUGUCACAUUUGGCUCACCAUUUGUGUUCUGUGGAGGCCAGAAAGUACUCGACAGACUAGGAGUGGAUGAGGGUCAAAUCCAUUCCGUGAUGAUGCAUAGAGAUAUCGUCCCUAGAGCCUUCUCCUGCAACUACCCUAACUAUGUGGCCACACUUCUCAAGCGUUUAAAUUCAUUUCGGUCACACCCUUGUCUAAUAAAAAAUAAAAUAUUAUAUUCUCCGAUGGGCAAACUAUUUAUUCUCCAACCUGAUGAGAAUGAAUCUCCUCCACACCCUCUACUUCCUCCGGGGAGUGCCCUCUAUGCUUUGGACAAGACCCAACGUGGAUUCUCUUCAAGUGUCCUUACGACUUUCUUGAACUCUCCACAUCCACUAGAAACCCUAAGUGAUCCUACAGCUUAUGGUUCAGACGGUACAAUUCUAAGAGACCAUGACUCAAGCAACUAUCUAAAGGCUGUGAAUGAAGUCCUAAGGAAACACACAAGGAGAGCUGUUCGGAAAGUGAGAAAAGAAAAGAAUCUAUUGUGGCCGCUACUUACUUCACCAUCUCCACACUCCUGGAACCAUGAAAGUAAUCUGGAGAGCAGCGGGUUGGCAACUAAGGAGAUACUCACAGGAGUUUAAAACCAUUGUUUUGUGUGUGGUGCAUAUAGAGGAUGUUCAUAAGAAAAUAAGUAGAGGACUUAGUUCGUUCUCUCUGUUUCGUGUACAUCUCUUACAUCCUAACCGUCUCUGUAUCUAUGAACUCA